GAAAGAUAUCGUUCUCUGUACAUACUAUUCGCUUCUAUCAGGAGAACCUGAAGAGGGGAAUUGCUACAUAUUAAAAUGGAACAAGAAGAGAGAACUGGCUUGGAAGAGCGCCUCAAAUCCGCUCUAUGGCUCUCGAUUGGGAAAAUCGUCGAUGAAGAAACCAUCAAGCUGGGCGUGAAUGCUACGCCUCAGUUUAUCGGAGCUUUGACAGAGAUGGUUUGGGCUCAGAUUGAAACCUCCAGUCAAGAUCUUGAAUCAUUUGCCAAGCAUGCCGGACGUUCGACUAUCAACGUCUCCGAUGUGCUGCUACUUGCUCGUCGCAAUGAAGGAUUAGAAUCAAUCCUGCGCGCAUUUAUCGACAAGCAGCGAGAGGACAAUGAGAAUGAUGCUUGAUCGGAUGCUGUAUCACGUCGUUUCUAUGUGGGGUGGUCGUGUCUACUGCAACUUACAGUAGCAGAGUUGCGGCGAUGGGCUUCCAGUGAUACUUCCGUACGAAGUGUAUCUCGCCCACUCAUUCGCCGCAACCUAUGACGCCACUUCUCCGCAGACUACAACCCCAGAUACUCCAUACAGUAUCUCCGGAACCACGCAACACCCCAGAAAAUUAACCUGCAUUCCCGUCUGACAUGGCAAAAUCCUGACUCCGAUCCCUGGAAGCCCGUUGGCAAAACGAAAGCAGCGGCACAUUUCUUGAUCCAGCCAAUCAGAAA